AAAACAUUUUUAAAUGAAAAAGGUAAAGAGAUCAUUUUUAAAGCUAAAAUCAAACAUAUUGAAAAUAAUGAAAAAUGUACAAGAUAUUUUUUUUAAAAAUCUAAUCAAAAAAGAGUCCAUAUUGAAAAACUAGAAGGAGAAGUGGAGAUGAAUAAAAUUUUAUUUAAAGUACAAUGUUAUUAUAGGGAACUUUUUAAUGAGAAAAAAAUAGAUGCUAAUUUCAUGAACGAUGCCUUAAACAAAAUAGAACGUGUUUUAGAGAAUAAUUCUCAAUCCUUUCUUUUACAGUCUAUCCCAGAGAAGGAAAUAUUGGAUACCAUAAACAGUUUUAAUUUGGGUAAAGUACCGGGGUCUGAUGGCCUGCCAAUCGAAUUUUAUAAGGUUUUUUAUGAGGUUUUAAAAGAUGAUCUUUUAUCUCUUUUUACAGAUGUUUUUAAUACCAAGAUUUUACCACAGUCAUGGAAAAUGGUGAAUUUUAACAAGUGCGAGAUUUUAAAAGUCGGCAAGCUGGAUACAAGAGACAUAAAGAAGGACUUAUCCUGGAGCUGCAUCCACAGUUGCCUUCCGUGCCGGGCUUUCCAACACCGUAGAGGAUUUGCAAGCACAGCAAAGUGUCCAAGAGAGGGAUGCCACGAAGAGGAGACUGUUUUACAUCUUUUAUGGACAUGUGAUUUUUCUAGAAGGAUAUGGACUAAAAUGCUGCCACUUUUAAACAAAAUUGCUGCUAUAAAAGACUUGGACUAUAAUAUGGUUUUAUAUGGGUGUUUGGAUUGUCCCGGCGAACAAGAGAAACGGAAGGCAUGGCAAAUAAUAAACUGUGUGAAGGCAGCUCUGUGGAAAAAUAGGAAUAUUUUAUUAUUUAAAAAGGACAUUUUAUCUUUCGAUGAUGUUAUUGGAAUGAUUUUAAGUGAAAUGUACAUCUAUCUUUUAAUCGAUAAACAAAGUGAUGAGUUUGCAUUCAUAAAAUGGCAUUUUACCGACUGGCAUAUGUGA